GAUGACAUGCUCGAGAAAGGUUUCGUCCGCCCCAGUACUUCACCGUUCGCAGCUCCGAUACUGUUCACCCCGAAGAAAGAUGGCGGUCUACGAAUGUGCAUUGACUACCGCGCCUUGAACCGGGUUACCAUCAAGUCUCGCUAUCCUAUUCCGCGUGCCGACGAACUCAUCGACCAACUUCGUGGGGCAAAGUUCUUUUCGAAAAUUGACCUGCGAGGCGGUUACCACCAGAUCCGUGUCAACGACGCUGACUGCUACAAGACGGCGUUCCGAACCCGAUACGGGAGUUACGAGUACACGGUCAUGCCUUUUGGCUUAACCAACGCGCCUUCAACAUUCCAGUUAACCAUGAACGAAGUUUUUCGGCCGCUGCUGGAUAAAUGCGUCAUUGUGUACCUCGACGACAUCCUGAUAUACAACACUAUCCGGGAAGCACAUUUAAGGGAUUUGGAAGCAGUCUUCGCUCUCCUGCAGCAGCAUCGACUCAUCACCAAGGGUUCUAAGUGCGAGUUUAUGAAACAAGAACUGGAGUUUUUGGGACACAUCCUCACCGUCCGUUCGAACUCAUCACCGACGCUAGCGACCUGGCUGUUUGGCGCAGUACUGUUACAGGUGUUCGGCGAAGGCCUUCAACCCAUCGCCUACGAGUCACGAAAGCUGAAUCCGGCCGAGCGAAAUUAUCCCGUCCACGACAAGGAGUUACUCGCCAUCGUUCACGCGUUCAAGGUUUGGCGCUGCUACCUGACGGGCGCUGAUGUGACAGUCCGAACAGACCACAAAUCGCUACAGUUCAUCCGCGCCCAACCGACACUCAACCCCCGACAGAUUCGCUGGCUCGAUUAUCUCGAGUCGAAUUUCCACGACAGAGUCACCUACAAACGAGGGGCCAGCAACAUCGCCGACGCACUGACCCGCCCUUCAGUACAUACCGCCGCUGUCCUAAUCACCCAAACCAAUUCGCUGCUAACUGGACUAUUUACCCACGGAUACAGUACCGACCCAUUCUUCACGACUAACAGUCAUCCCCAACUGACAGUCAAGCAGGGGGCUUAUUACCUAAAAUCCGGUACCAAUCGGAUUUGGGUCCCCGCUUACCGUACCCUACGCGAGCUACUGAUACAGGAGGCACAUGACUCGAAUUUCUCAGGUCACUACGGCAUCGACAAAACUGCCAAAUUACUGAGCUGUAAUUAUUACUUGCCCGAUUUGCCGACGGACAUGCAGCAGUACAUCACCUCCUGCGCCACGUGUCAACGCAUGAAGUCGUCACGACUUCGAUCUGCGGGAUUACUGCAGCCACUCGAGCCACCCAGCCGACCCUGGCAACAAGUGACGAUGGAUUUCGUCACUGGCCAGCUAGCUGGUCCAAGCGGUAAUGACGCGAUUCUCGUCGUCGUUGGCCGUUUGACCAAAAUGGCACACUUCGCCGCCUGCAAGACGACAAUCACUGCCGAGCAGACAGCGAAGCUGUUUCUCACGAACAUCGUGCGGUUACACGGCAUCCCUUCGGCAAUCAUCAGCGAUCGCGACCCUCGGUUCACGUCCAAUUUCUGGACAAAAGCCUGGCAGCAGUACGGCACACCUCUGCAUCGGACGGCCAGACUGAGCGCACCAAUCAGACGAUGGAGCAGUUGAUUCGUACAACGUGCACAGACCCGG